GCCGUUUUAGGUACCUCCGCCGUUGCCAGCGACUUUGUCUCUGACUACACAACACAGCAUUUGCUGGCACUUGCACCAGAACGUCGUGGGCUUGCGUACAAUAGGUUGGUGCUGCAGCGGAGCCUGCGCGCCUCCAGGCGCCUGUGACUAACGACCGCUUAUCAAUCCAUCCAGUUCGACAUGACUGCAAUCUCGCAGCUUCCCCUCCCGCCACAUGACUUUUAACUAGCCAGCAGAGCAUCGCUAGGAGGACGGUUCGGGGAAGAAUAGACUAGUUCGCUAGACAACUCUGUCGGCCCUUCAAGUAGCACAUCAACAAAGGAGAAAACGACAGAAAACCCACAUUAGUGGUCCGAAUGCAGACGGGGAUCCCACUCCGUCGCCGGGGCGAACAUUUCGGACAGCGCUCGAGUGGCGUCUCUAUAGGCACCCCUACACUAGUUGCCGACCAAGUGAGUAGGGGCCUAGACGCGCAGGUGCUAACAGGUGUGGCGGCGUAUCCAGGGCUGAUGCAUGCGGCUGCGUACGCGAAGAUAAUCUAUCUUGCUACGAUGUACUCCAUCAUAUACUCCCGGCGGAUAUCAUCAAGGUUCAUGCGUGCGGUUCAGCGAAGUCGAUGAUACAUCUACAGAUGUUCCCUGGGCAAUGUACUGCACGCGUGUGCGUGGAGGCGGUCCCACUGGUUCCCAUUCAGGCGGGUCAGACGUCAUGCACCCAUGGAUGCCCUGUGAGUGUCCCUUUACAAUAUGUCGUCUC